UAUUUUAUAUAUUUUACGACAAGCACAUUUUGUUGAUAACUUGAAUAUAUUUAUUUCGCUUUGUGAAUUGUUUCUAUAAAUGUAACUGCAGUCAUUGUAAGCAAACUAUUUAUUUAUUUCUAUUAUUUAUUUGGAAAAUGAGUAAACAUUUAUUAGGAUACUUUAUACUGAUGAUGUCGUCAGGUGCGAUAAGACUUCAGAAGAAAUCAAGAUUAAACAUACCACGGUUCCGAGUGAUAAAUGGAAGAGACGCCCAUGAGAAUGAAUAUCCAUUUGUAGUAAGUCUACUGAUGAGAGCUAAAGGAACGGAGAUAUUAUUGAGGGUUUGCACAGGAUCAGCAAUCAACAGCGAAUUCGUUUUGACAGCAGCGCACUGUUUGAUUCCGGGUAUAGAAAUAGUUCGAUGUGGCAAUAUGACACAGCCACCUACCGACACUGCCUUAAAAGAUCGUAUCAAAUGUAAAUCCAAAAUUUUGAAGCAAAUUCCUCAUCCAAGUUAUGUGGAUGACAACGAUAUUGCUUUGAUACAAAUAGAUCCGUUGAUUCUGCAACAAUACGGCAGACUUGAAGCAGUCGAUUACAAAUCGCUUUUAGGAAGAGCCGUGAAGUAUGCUGGAUACGGCUAUUUUGUCUAUAAUGCUAAUGACGAAGAUACAUUUAUUGAACAACAACACAAACCACUUCAAAUUGGCGAGGGAGUAAUUUAUGAUGCGUCACACAAUUAUAAUACUGGACACCGUUUUGAUUCCGGGCCUUUGUUAUUAAUCGCACCAAAAUGCUCUAAUAUAAAACAACAUAUUUAUUCAGGUGAUUCAGGAGGACCUCUGUUUGUUGGAGGUCGCAUUGCAGGUAUAGCGGCUCAUGUUCACGGGCGCGCUCUGAACUUUGAACGCAGUGUUCAGGUGAUGGCUUCAUUUACACCUGUUAGUCCUUAUUUAGAAUGGAUUCUCUUCAAUGUUAAAAAAAAUGCAAUAAGUUCAACGAAACGGAAAUUAAGAGUAGGUUAAGUAGACAACAAAUCCUUGACAGUAAAUACAAAUAAGCGGUCCGUUUUUACUACUAUCGUACAUUACUUUUCUCGUAAAUUAUAUAAAAAUUACAGGACAACACCAUUGACAUGACAUGGUAAAUAAAAUUAAUAAAAUCAGAAAGGCUAAAUGAUAGGCGUGCUGUAUCCGUCUCAAAAAAUCUCCAUCGCCAUACAGCGGGGCAAUGCAGCCAGUGUAAUGGGAACUUUUGCACCAGGUAUGAUGCGGGGUGGCCUGUUAGAUUAAUACAGUAUUUGACGAAGCAUGUUGCGGAUAUUUCAAAUUGUAUUAAAUAGUUAAAUAAAUCACAAAAAAUAAAAUAGGUAAAUAAAAUUAUUAAUCAAUUCAUGUUCAAAUAAUCUGUGUCAUUAUGAUGUAUUCAUAUGUUAUAUUUUUUACUCAUAAAAGUUUCAUUAUAACGUUGUGGUUUAAAAUGCACUUUGUACUUAGUUCCGAAUGUUAUUAAAAUAGAAAUUAUUUGCCUACUUAUGUGAAAAAUAUGUAUCCGAUUGUAUGAAGAAAGUCUGAAAGUGUUUAGCAUGUGUAUCCGAACGUUUAGAGUGAAAAGACAGAUGUUAGAGCAACGAAAAAAAAAUAUUGUAAAAGAUUUCUUUGUGAAAUACAAGACUAUUUCAAGCA